CUAAAUGUUUGUGUAUACAACACAUGUACCUGCUCGAGUGGUAAAUAGUAAAUAGUACUAUGUACGAAUCUAAGUGCGCUAAACACGUCACAUAAAAUCCUACAAUUAAAUUAAGUUUGCAUCGCAUUGGAAAAAGCCAGCUUGGAAAAAAUACAUUUAUGUGAUUUAUCUGAAAUUUUGUAUAUAUGAAGAGGAAACAGAAGGCGCAUAAAAAUGUAUUCGAUUCCUAGGAAAUCAGUUGAAUCUAUCUCGUAUCAUUCGAGAUUAGGCGAUAAAAUUCCAGCUCGUUUAGUUUUAUAUUUUCUUUCGUGGUCUGGUUUCCUGGUGUCCUUUAUGAUGCGCAAUGACAUGAAUUUUGCCUUAGUUGCCAUGAUACGCAAUGGCACUGAGACACAACAAGAUAACUCUAGUUUCUCCUACUCAUUAAAUAUGGGUGGCGCCUCUGAGGAAGAUGCAUCAAAGGUGAAAUCUGUGAUAAUAAGCUCAUUCUAUUGGUGUUAUGUUCUAUCGCAAGUUGUUGGCGGAAUUGCGACACAAGCAUUUGGAACAAAGUGCGUAUUUGGAUGGUCACAGUUGGCAACUGCAUUAUGCAGUCUACUUAUGCCGUUAGCCGCAGAAGUUCACUAUGCAGUUGUAAUAUUUUUACGCUCAAUUCAGGGAUUUGCUUCAGGCCUAACAUGGCCAGCGAUGUACGCAAUUGUCGGCUACUGGAUACCUUUGACGGAACGUUCGCGCUUUAUGUCAAGCUUUCAAGGAUUUAGUAUCGGGAUCGGUUUAACCUAUGCCAUCUGUGGCUUUAUCAUAAACACAUUCGGCUGGCCGCUUGUCUUCUAUACAACCGGCCUAUUAGGCAUUGGCUGGUGCAUUUUAUGGUAUACCUUAGCAUUCAAUACACCCCAGGAGCAUCCACGUAUAACAAAAGAGGAGCUCAAUUACAUUGAGCUCAAUGUUGGUGAGGAUGUAUUGAAGGCAUCCACAAUGAAAGUGCCGUGGGCCCAAAUAUUUAGAUCUUUGCCAGUUUGGGCAAUUGCAAUUACAACAUUCGGUCGAAUAUUUGUACAUUAUGUGUUUAUUGUUAGUGGACCGACAUUUAUGAAACAUAUUCUUAAGUUUGAGUACGAUACAAAUGGGAUAUUGUCGGGAAUGCCAUUCAUAUUUUCGUAUCUUUCCUCGGUAUUAUUUUGCUAUAUUGCCGAUAAACUGUUAUUGCAUAAUAUUUUAGGCAUGACUAAUGUAAGAAAACUAUUUACGGCGCUUUCGCAAAUAAUUCCCGGAUUGCUUAUAUUAUGUAUUGGGUAUAUAGAAAAUAUAAUAAUUCUCUUGACAAUCUGGUUUAUAGCAGUUAUAUUUAUAACGGCAUCCUACGCGGGAGCAAUGGCUAAUAUAAUAGAUCUCGCGCCAAACUAUGGACACUCUGGAGCAGUAUUAGCUUUCUGCCAGACAAUUCAUAUGUCCGCAUCAUUUCUAUCACCGCUGACCGCUGGAUUCUUAGUCACCAAGGAGGAUUCGAUUGACCAAUGGCGAAUAUUCUUUGUAGUCUCAGGAAUUAUUUCGGUGGUCACCUACAUAUUUUAUCAGAUCUUUGGCACGGCCGAAAUACAAUCGUGGAAUAUGCUACGACCAACAAAUGAACAGCUAGAUGAAGAAAUCAAAAUAUUGUCUAAGGAAGAUCAGGAAACAAAAUACAUUCCAAAAUCGAAGUGA